AUGACCGACAACCAUCCAAGGCCGAACUUGGCUCCCCAUCCGAGCGACGGCCACGACGAUGAAACACCGUCUUUGAAUCAAAAGGGCGAAUUUGUCGCGAUAGGCUCAACAUCCUAUGUUGAGCGUUUGCCCAACGGCACCAUCAUCAAGACAGCCUGGCCUGGCGGCGACCGCGCCAACCAGCGACGCCGCGAAAUCGCUACAGAGGCCGAGAUAUACGAUCGACUUGGUGACCAUCCUUGCUUAGUGAAAAAGAAGGCAUGGAACCCAGACGAAUACACCUUAACCUUGGAAGAUGUGCCCAACGGAACUCUCAAAGACUUUCUCGAAUCCCACACGGAUGUGCCCGUGGAACAGAGACAGCAAUGGGUAACUGAGGCUAUUGAGUGCAUCAAGCUUCUGCACAGUUCGACUGUUCUUCAUUGCGACAUUGGGCCGCAUAAUUUCCUCCUAGAUGACCGUCUCCGUCUCAAAAUCAUCGACUUUUCUGGGUCAUCCGUCGAUGGCUCCUACACUGAGAUCAGCCCGGGCACUCGAUACGCAGCCCCUUUACUGGAUCGCUCCUUGGAGUGGACCCCAACAGUCAAAACCGACCUCUUCAGUUUAGGAUCCACGAUUUACUACAUUAUGACGGGCAAAGCUCCCUUUGAGGAAUUCCAGAGUCGAGAUGUUAAGGAGAUGUACAACAACCAAGAAUUUCCAGACUUGACUGGCGUACCUCAUUCAGGUCUUAUCCUAGGCUGUUGGUCUCAGAAUUUCGAGUCCGUCAACGGGAUGCUUUCUUUCUUGGACAUCUGA